GGAGAAAAAGGAAGUUCAGUCUUCUAUCAACGCCUGGAUUGGAAUCGAAAGUUGUUCGACCUCAGCGUUUUACAAUUUUAAUGCUGUCCCUGUCCCGCCCCAUCUACCAUGGAUAAUUGAGGGUUUCCUAUGGUUAUGCCUCAGCAGAAAGUCAUCUUCUUGCGUUCUUACUAAGACUGGACUAUAAAUUAAUGUAAUGACAUAUCCCAGGACUGCUUGUCCCGGCAGAAAUCAAAUUGUAUGGUGAAAAGUCAAGUGAAGGCUCUGAUGGUCAAAUUUGAGCCUUUGGAUCAACAGUGACUGAUAGGAACUUGAAUGAAUGUGAAACUGCUGAUUAACACCUCUCCCUGUUAUUGGAGGUGUUAGUCAACCUACACCUUAAGGAAAGGAUCCUGACAAGAUGAUGUUUUGUAACGAAACUGGAGGAGGUAAGAAGAGGAUGCUUGGCACGCGUCUGUCUUAGGUGGCUGACUGCAUGGCACUGUGCAAAUGAAGUGUGCCCAAAGGAAUGGGAAGGGACGAAAAUCAAACUGAAUGGUCUCUGUUAUGCACCUAAAGCCUUACUGGAAACUCCAGAAGAAAGAGCACCCCUCUGAAGACAACAGGGAAAUUCUGAAAACUCCUAUGAGCCACCAAAAGGCCAUAAAUGAUGAAAAAUGCAGAUCUAGCUACAUGAAACCAAGCGUCUUUCCUUCAGCCUCCCUUGGUAAAGUGUCAUCUCGACAGCCUUUUAGGAUCCUUUCUCCAAAUGUUCUGUGCAGUAUGAGUGGGAAGAGCCCUUUAGAGAGCAGCUUGAACAUUAAAACCAAAAAGAAUGCACCAUCUGCCACGAUCCACCAGGGCGAAGAAGAAGGGCCGCUUGACAUCUGGGCUGUCGUGAAACCUGGAAAUACCAAGGAGAAGAUUGCAUUCUUUGCAGCCCACCAGUGUAGCAAUAGGAUAGGAUCCAUGAAAAUAAAAAGCUCCUGGGAUAUUGAUGGGAGAGCUACUAAAAGAAGGAAAAAAUCAGGAGAUCUUAAAAAAGCCAAGAUACAGUUAGAAAGGAUGAGGGAAGUCAGCAGCAGGUGCUAUCAGCCUGAGCCAUUUGCGUGUGGCAUCGAGCACUGCUCUGUGCAUUACGUGAGUGACAGUGGGGAUGGUGUCUAUGCCGGGAGGCCUCUGUCAGUGAUACAGAUGGUCGCCUUCCUAGAGCAGAGAGCCAAUGCUCUGCUGGCGAGUUGUGCAAAAAACUGCACAAACUCACCUGCUGUUGUGAGGUUUUCUGGCCAAUCCAGAGGUGUGCCCCCUACUUCUGAGCCCUUCUCAGCUCCAGGAGCUUGUGAAGAACCCACAGAAAAGGAAAAUCCUGAGGUUAGCGAACCAGUCCGUGUCCUUGACAUGGUAGCCAGGCUGGAGUCUGAGUGCCUGAAGCAGCAGAGCCAGCGUGAGCCAGGGAGUCUCUCGAGGAAUAACAGCUUCCGGCGAAAUGUGGGCAGGGUGUUGCUUGCAAGUGGCACUCAGGCCGAUGAAAGCAAAACAAAGAAAAGCACCUUGGAGGCACCUGACACUCAGGUGAAUCCUGUGGGGUCAUUAUCUGUGGACUGUGGCCCCUCUAGAGCUGAUCAUUGUUCUCCUGAGGGGGACCAGCCCUGGGACAGUGCUCCUCAGGGCUGUCCCUCUUUGCCAGCAGGUGUCAGUUUCCACAUGGACAGUACAGAAUUAGAGCCAGACCAGCAGUCUGCCAUGAAAAACAGCAACAGAUAUGAUGUGGAAAUGACAGAUGAUGUUGUGGGGUCACCUUUUUCGUCUCUUACCUGUCACCAAGCCACUGAAUUGCCCACAGGUGCCAUUGAUUGUAUGAGUAGAGAGCUUGUGCCGCCCACUAGCCAGAAUCCUGACCAGAGGAGGAAAGAAUCUUUGUGCAUUAGCAUCACUGUGUCCAAGGUCGAGAAGCACCAGCCUUCUAGUCUUGGCUCCUAUGAAGAUCCGCUUCCGGGGAUGUUGUUUUUCUUGCCACCUGGUCAGCACCAGUCAGACUGUGCCCAGUUGAAUGAAAGCACAAGUGAGUCUUCAGAAGCCAGCCCACUUGAAGGUGCUGCUGAGGGAGGCAGCACCUCGGAAGAAAGAAGUGUUCCAACUGAGCCAUCCCCCCCACCAGCCCCUCCUGUGAGAAGCACAUCCCCUGGGCUCGAGGCAUCUGGUUGGAAGAAGCAGGUGUCUCAUGACUUCCUGGAGACCAGGUUCAAGAUCCAGCAGCUCUUGGAGCCUCAGCAGUACAUGGCUUUCCUGCCCCACCACAUCAUGGUGAAAAUCUUCAGGUUACUUCCUACCAAGAGUCUUGUGGCUCUUAAGUGUACCUGCUGCUACUUCAAAUUUAUCAUUGAGUAUUACAACAUCAGGCCUGCAGAUUCUCGCUGGGUUCGAGAUCCACGCUAUAGAGAGGAUCCUUGCAAGCAGUGCAAGAAAAAGUAUGUGAAAGGGGACGUGUCUCUCUGCCGGUGGCACCCCAAGCCCUAUUGCCAGGCGUUGCCCUACGGGCCAGGGUACUGGAUGUGCUGCCACCGGUCCCAGAAGGGCUUCCCUGGCUGUAAGCUGGGGCUUCAUGACAAUCAUUGGGUCCCUGCCUGCCACAGCUUUAAUCGGGCAAUCCACAAGAAGGCAAAAGGGACUGAAACCGAAGAAGAAUACUGAAGUCCAUGCGAGAGGCUAUAGAACACCGAAUCUUAAAACCGUGAAACAGCUGGGUACACCAGGCAAGUGAGUCCUCGCUCUAGGAGUCUGUACUUACUCCAUCGGGACUGCCACUGCUCAGGCUUUUUUUUUUUUUUUUUUAAACUCAAUUUACAAGCUGUACAGAAAAUUGAUCUGUCUCUUUUACAGUAGCGCCUCAUAUUUGAUCCAGGGCGGUGUCCCAGUUGAUCGGUUGGCUGUGAGUAGCAGAGCCUGUUUCCUAAAGCAAGCCCAUCCUCGAAGGGUGAAGACUGCCACCAUCAAGGACAUUCCGAAGAGCUCACUGCAGACCGGCAGGCAGGCAGCCCCCAACAGGGGUUCAGAAAUGCUUUGAGCACUGGCACCGGAUGUGAGAUGAGUGUAUAGUGUCCUAGGAUAAAAACAGACUCUGGGAGGAAAAGUAUGCUUAAAAGGAAAAGUUAGGCACCUUACCUUAGACCUUGUAUGCUUGAUCUGUGAGAUUGCUGUUUGUGGUUGGAGAUGGAUUUCAUGCCCUGUGGUGUUUACAGUGUAUAUAAUGGUUGUGUUUUCAUAGGGCUGUGAAAGUGCACAUUAAAUGCGAGCGCCUUUACCGUUAGAUGAGUGCUUUGACCCCUGUAUAGAACGUGAUUACAAUCCAGUUGUACAUAACGGACAGCUGCCCGAACACGGAGUCACCACAGUGCAGCGAGGGUAGUGUUGCCGCUAGUUGUUUUUUUUUUUUUUUUUUUUUUGUCUUGUCUCAAAUUUGUACAUCCUGUAUAAAAUAUGAAUGUUUCCCAAAUAAACUAUGAAUGUUUUCUGUAUAAUAUAUGAAUGUUUCUGAGAAGAAACUCUAAAUAGUUAAGGGGUUAAUCUGUUCAAAGGAUACCAAAUAAUGGUUUAACUGGACAAGCUUAAAAGUAGCAUAGAGAACAACCCUUUGUUAUAUUUUAGUGAUCCACCAAGAAUAUGAAAAUACUAUAUUGUAAGAUUAUAACAUUCUUGUCUACUUUAUCCUUUCUGUCUGGUUACAAAAUUUUUUAAACUUCAAUAAAAACAUGCAUCUUAAAUGGGA